CUGUGUUUUUCAUAAUUUGGCACUGUUAUUCCGCUUCCUUCAUGCAAAUCCGGGGGACUAUGUGAACACAAUGCUGGCGGUUCGGUGCCUGCUUUUUGCUGCAGUGAGCGCGAGGUUUGCCGUGACAGGCUGGAAGCGCUCCGGGAGGCGCGAUGCAAGUGCAUGGAAUUGGGAAGCUUUGGAGAACCGAGGGAAACGCGGCUCGGCCGCUGAAGAAGUCACCAAACCCAAGCGGCUUUUGCAGCAGAUGGACUCAGAGGGGGAGAUUAUUCAUGGUCACCUGGACACAAGGGUAAAGAACGACACCGAGGGCGCCCUGCCUGUACAUCUGGCCCAGAGCAGCUUCCAGCUGGAGGCCUUUGGGAAGACCUUCAUCCUGGACCUGGAGCUAAAUCAUAACCUCCUGUCCUCUGACUAUGUGGAGCGGCACUUUGACAGCACAGGGAGGCCUUCACAGACUGUGGGAGGGGAACACUGUUAUUACCACGGGAGGGUACGCGGUGUGCCAGGGUCUUGGGCGGCUCUCUCGACCUGCCAUGGCCUGAGUGGCAUGUUCUCAGAUGGACAGUUUUCCUAUGGAAUUGAGCCAGCCCUGGAUAGCAGUGAUCAGGCUCAGCAUGCCCAUGUGGUACACAAGAUGCCCAGCCUGCCCCUGAGCCCGACGUGUCCAGCCUGCACACAGGACAGCAAUGACCCUGGCAGUCACAGUCACAGGGGUGGCCAGGUCUUCCAGGACAACUCUACUGCGGCCACAGAGGGGCUGAGACGAUCCAGGAGACAGGUCCGCUGGAGCCAGAACACAGUCCAGAGUGAGACUAAGUACAUUGAGCUGAUGGUGGUGAAUGACCAUGAACUGUUUUUGCAGCUGCGCAGCUCUACGUCCCAGACCAGGAAUUUCGCCAAGGCUGUUGUUAACAUGGCUGAUGCGAUCUAUAAAGAACAGCUGAACACCCGGAUUGUGCUGGUUGCCAUGGAAACGUGGUCAUCGGCAAACAUGGUCUCCGUGGGUGACGACCCCUUGCUCACCCUCCGUGACUUCAUGAAGUACAGGAAGGAGAGCAUCAAGGAGCACAGUGACGCUGUUCACCUCUUAUCGGGGCGCACCUUCCGGAGCAGUCGCAGUGGGACGGCCUACAUGGGAGGGGUCUGCUCCCUGACCCGAGGAGGGGGCGUUAAUGAGUAUGGGAAUGUGGGUGCUAUGGCCGUCACCUUGUGCCAGAGCCUGGGCCAGAACGUCGGCAUGAUGUGGAACAAAGAUCGCACGUCUGCGGGGGACUGUCGGUGUCCGGACGCGUGGCUGGGAUGCAUUAUGGAGGACACUGGGUUCUACAUCCCGCGAAAGUUCUCCCGAUGCAGUGUGGAAGAAUAUGCCCGAUUCCUGCAGAGAGGGGGCGGGAGCUGUCUCUUCAACAAGCCCAACAAGUUGCUGGACCCUCCGGAGUGUGGAAACGGUUUUGUGGAGAUGGGGGAGGAGUGUGACUGUGGCUCUCAACUGGAGUGUUCCCGAAAUGGUGGAUCUUGCUGUAAAAAGUGCACGCUUUCCCAUGAUGCCAUGUGCAGCAACGGACUCUGCUGUCGGAGCUGCAGGUAUGAACAGAGAGGGGUGGUGUGCAGAGAGGCAGUAAAUGAAUGCGACGUCCCAGAGACCUGCUCAGGAGACUCCAGCCAGUGUCCUUACAAUGUUCACAAGCUGGACGGGUACAUUUGUGACAACAACCAGGGCCGGUGUUAUGGGGGGCGGUGCCGAACCCGGGACGGGCAGUGUAGGGGACUGUGGGGUCAUGAUUCGGCGGACCGCUUCUGCUACGAGAAGCUGAACGCGGAGGGUUCGGACAAGGGCAACUGCGGCCGGGACUCCAGUGGGCAGGGCUGGCUGCAGUGCAGCAAGCAGGAUGUGUUGUGUGGGCUGCUCAUGUGCGCCAACAUGACGGUUAAACCAGCUUUUGGAGACCUUCAGGGAGAGGUUACCAGCCAGACCAUCUACCACCAGAACAAAUACCUGGACUGCCGUGGGGGCCACGCCCUGCUCGAGGACGGUUCAGAUUUGGGCUACGUGGAGGACGGGACACCCUGCGGGCCCAACAUGAUGUGCCUGGAUCGCCGCUGCAUUCCAUUGACUGCCUUCAACCUCAGCAACUGCCCCAGCUCCUCCCCCUUCCACACCUGCUCCGGCCACGGGACCUGCAGUAAUGAGGUGAAGUGUAUCUGUGACAGAGACUACACUGGCAAAGACUGCAGUUUUUACGACCCCAUCCCUGAACCCAAACCCCGGGACGGAACAGAGAAGAAGGUAACCGUGUCCUUAAUUUUACCCCCACACCGAUGGCCCCCGCCCCACGCAAGAGGGCGCUGGACAGAGAGAGAGGGGGGAAGGCGGGCUGAAGAACAUUCGAAGAGGAAGAUCUGGUGGGGGAUAGGAUAUCUGUCACUGUGUCCUAUUCACAUAAAAGAAGAAGAAAAAGAAGUCUUCCUCAUUCCAAAUCUCCCACAAUGCUUUUCUCUUCUAGUUUGCCCCUCCUUCUUUCCCUCCUUCACUCUUUCUCUCCUCUGCUUUUCCCUUCUCUCUCUGUCCCUCUCCCUCUCCCCCGGCCAUCUGAGGCCCCUCCCUCCAAGCAUUCCAACCAGACCUGACUGCCAAUCACUCCAGCCAGAGGCUGCCACUGUCAGGUUGCGCAACACAGCCACUCCCACUGCACACUGUCAUCCAAACAGCAGCCUUCAGAAGGCAACAGAUAUCUGUCCCCCUAGGCAGCAGUGGCCUCAGCUGGUGGAUUAAGGUAAUGCAGCUAUUGAUUAAUCCACAGUGGAAAAGAUGAACAUGCUUCAGUGUCAACUCCAGCUGCAUCAGGCAAACAACUCAGUAGAGACUCAUCAGUCCUUACAGCCAGACGGACUCUGGAGACCUAUCCCACUGUCCUUACUGGCUCUGUGGGGACCUAUCCCACAGUCCUUACCGCCGGACCAGCUCUGUGGACACCUAUCCCAUCAGUCCUUACUGCCGGACCAGCUCUGUGGAGACCUGUCCCACAGUCCUUUCCGCCGGACCGGCUCUGUGGACACCUAUCCCAUCAGUCCUUACUGCUGGAUGGACUCUGUGGAGACCUAUCCCAUCAGUCCUUACUGCUGGACAGACUCUGUGGAGACCUAUCCCAUCAGCCCUUACUGCUGGACGGACUCUGUGGAGACCUAUCCCAUCAGUCCUUACUGCUGGACCGGCUCUGUGGAGACCUAUCCCACUGUCCUUACGGACUCUGUGGAGACCUAUCCCAUCAGUCUUUACUGCCGGACGGACUCUGUGGAGACCUAUCCCAUCGGUCCUUCCUGGCUCUGUGGAGACCUAUCCCAUCAGUCCUUACUGCCAGACUGGCUCUGUGGAGAUCUAUCCCAUGGUCCUUACUGCUGGAUGGACUCUGUGGAGACCUAUCCCAUCAGUCUUUACUGCCGGACGGACUCUGUGGAGACCUAUCCCAUCAGUCCUUACUGCCGGACCGGCUCUGUGGAGACUUAUCCCACAGUCCUUAUUACUGGACUAACUCACUUAAACCAGUUAACUCAAUGAUACAUCGCUAAGUCUGGCAGUAAAGUAUUUGUUGUUAAGACUUGUGGUGGCUACUGUACAAGAGGAAGGAAUCAUGACAAGCUGGAGCUCUGGCUUGUUGGUCCUGGGACAGCCAAUGAUGGGAGAGUAUCUCUGUCCUCCAAUCACGUUCCUCCCUGAAUUCUUCUCAAGUGCCCUCACUCUAACAUCUGUCCUGAAGGGAGUGUUUCAAGCAGGGGAAGGGAACAGAGUGUCUGUCUGCCGACAUAAACAGAACUGCCUAGUUAGAGUGCAAUGGGGAAACAGUCUUGAUGCCUUUUGGAAAUGGAUAUGCCUUUCCUCUCAAUGGGUGUAGGUCACGUCUUGAGCUGCAUGUUGGAGCACAACCACCAUCAGAGCAGAGAACAUUCUGUUUUGCCUUUAAAUUGAACAUCCAUCCGUCUGCACAGACUUGUGGGUAAACUAUAUGCCUCUGAGGCCUGAAGCUCCAGCAUUCGGGGGAGACACUAACCAAUCAAAAGACCAAGCAGAGUGGAGGAAACUUCUAUAGUCUGGGCUGUUUGAAUGCAACUUAGAUCUAGGCACUUGAUACUUGUAGGCACUGUUUGUAUGAAAUGGUGUUCACUACAAUCAGGAAGAACUCCUUUUAAAGUUACUUUUAAAAUGACAAAUUGUCCUGUUUCCAAAGAAAAAAAGGAAAUGUAUUGUGAAAAAAUGCUGAGGGGAGGGCAGAACGCUGGGAGUCCGUUUCAAACGAUGUCUGAUCCUCACGGGCAUUACACACGCUGUCUGGGUGGUGUUGCUACGACGAUACUCACUGGACCUAGAGACACUGUAGGAGUGGUCAUCUUCAGUGACUUAUAACCUCUUGUGUUGUCUACUAACAUUCCACAAUUAGUCAUUGCUAUUUAUGUGCUGAUUUUUAAAAGAAAACCUUAAGGUAACCAGUCAACAUGCAGUAACACAGCAGUUUCUUACACUGCAAACAUGCAUAGAAGAGUGUGGAUGCAUGUGUGUGUUUGCCAGUAUUUGGAAAUGUGUACAAUACACAUACACACUCUUAGACUGCCGGCUCAGUACGAAAUCAGUACAUUUAUGAUGUGUUCACUGCAAAAUAUAAGAAAUGUACUCUAUACAGGACAUGGAGUAUGCGUAUACUGUAUGUAUGAUGAAUACAUGCACAUUUGUUUGUAUAUAUGUUGCCUGAAUCUUUUUCAUUUAUCACUAGUGUCUCCAUACUGAAAUGCUCUUAGAAAUGAAAGGGGGAGGGGGGCUGUCUGUUCUCUUUUUUUCCAUGAACAUAUUGUCAUUUAAUAUGUUUUCCAAGUUCAGAAUAAUGUAUCCCUCUUAUUUCUAAUAUGUCACAUAUUAUGUUUUAGCAUAUGUUAAAGAAAAUGGACAAAGCACCGCCCAACAAUUAUGUCACCUGGGUAUAAGGCCUCCUCUUUCUCCUGCUGGACAGAAUGGAUUCUGAACAUUUAGCUGCAGUUCGUAGAUUAAAUUAACACAAGAGACCAAACCAUUAUUGAUUUCUUUAGAAGUACUUAAAAUAACUAUGGAUUUGUCACUAUUGGAGAGGACUCACCCGCACACUUCUAUGCACUUAAAUGACAAGGUGGAAGAAGCUAUAUCCCAGUGACAUCACCACUUCAAAUGGACUUUUGCAGAUACAGUAGGAAGAUGGUUUGGGUUAAAAGCAGAACAUACCAAAUGAUGGUUUUGAUUGAGUUGUCCUUAAAAUGCCAGACACAGGAUGUGAGAUUCAGGCUUCAAGGCUGGCUAGAGGAGCCCCGUUUAACACGUUUCCCAGGGUUCCAGAGCAGAAAUGGGGGUUUGCUUGCAGUUAGCAACAAACAGUUUGACCAACAGUUCGGCACAUCACUGCACGCCGAGAAAAAUGCUCUUCAAGACCCCCCUUUCACCACAUCACAGUGUCCACAUCUGACUCAUGAUGAGGCCUGGCUGCAAAAUGCAUUCUGGGAAACGUGGUCAGAGGGCACGUUUAAUAUUGGGGACUGGGGCUCACACCUGGUAUGAUGUGUGACGAUUCUGUUCUCUUGCACCCUGCAAUGACUGAACAUGCUUCUCAGAGGGAGUUUGGUUCCUCUGCUACUGUUCUGAAACUUGGAGGAGGAUGAGGGACUUCUGAAGCCUCGAAAUGUAAAGCACUUUAGAUUUUUGGACAAAAGGCCAUAUAUUUAUGCAAGGUAAUAUUUAUUAGUUACAUAUUUUUUGACGGGAAUAAUAUUUAAUGAAGACUGAGACUGAUUGAACAGUUUAGUUUGUUGCUUGGUGGGAUAAUCCACACAGAUGCAACUGAGUUGCAGAUCUCUGAAAGGCUUCUAUGUCCCAAAACAAACCUCUGGACUGAAAUGAUGCAGGUUCCCUUUUAAUUACACCCAAAAGACCUCCAUAAGGCAAAAGGUUAACAUCAUUUUGUUCUCAUUCUCAUUCAUAACCAAAGGCUGCAUUUGAACCAAAAUGAUUCUUAAGCCAAUGGAUUUACGAAAUUAAAGUACUCCCCCUCUCCCACCUCCAAAAUCAGUAUUAGUACCUCACCCACAGCCAAACUGUUGUGCUGUCUGAAUGUUAUUCCAGCAUUACUUGUAUACCUCAUUCAACCAAAUCUCUCUUCUGACUGUAACCAGCAUCAAUACUACUGAACCAACAGCAGUACCUCAUCCCUCCCCAAAUCUCUUUUCCAUCUAGUCAACAGCAUUACCCCAUCAUCCCCAAAUCUCCUUCCUAUAAUCAACAGCACUACCCCAUCCCUCCCCAAAGCUCUUUUCUAUCUAGUCAACACUACCCCACCCCUCCCCAAAUGUCUUUCCUAUAAUCAACAUCACUACCCCAUCCAUCCCCAAAUCUCUUUCCUAUAAACAGCAGUACCCCAUCCCUCCCCAAAGCUCUUUUCUAUCUAGUCAACAUCACUACCCCAUCCAUCCCCAAAUCUCUUUCCUAUAAACAGCACUACCCCAUCCAUCCCCAAAUCUCUUUCCUAUAAACAGCACUACCCCAUCCUUCCCCAAAUCUCCUUUCUAUCUAGUCAACAUCACUACCCCACCCCUCCCCAAAUCUCUUUUCUAUAAUCAACAUCACUACCCCAUCCCUCCCCAAAUCUCUUUUCUAUCUAGUAAACAGCACUGCUACCCCACUUCCACCCAAAUCUCUACUGUCUGUUUUUGUUUUUGAACUAUCAUGUACCUACUGGUGCUGCAAAAUCAUGACACUUUAAAAAAUGAGCACAAAGAGUAAGUGUGCUCAAAUGCACCCGUGCAUACAUUACCUUGUACAUAGUGUGCAUACAUAAGAAAUAAUGUGUAAAACAUGAUAAUAUAUACAAAAAAUGUUAUACAGAUGGAGUUGAGUAUGAUCUGUUAUUCUAGAACACACCUGUCUAGAUGUAUCUAGCACAGCUCUGUAGCUCAGAAUUGUACAUGUGUCGAUAGUUUAAACACCAGAAAUUGCUCAUAUCCAGGUGCCAACAUGUACAGUAUAUAGGGAAAUGUAUAUAUUGUACAUGACUCUCUUUGCGGUUGACUGUUUGGGAAAGAGCGUGGCAGAUAUUUUCAGUUCAUAAAUAGUGAACAGAAAUCAGUAUUUCAAUUUUAGUUGUUUUCAAUGAAUGCACUGUUAUUCUGUAUAGGGGUUUAGGUUCCUUUUAGAUCACAUGAAAAUUCCUCUGAAUCGAUGGAAGAGCAAGACCAACAGAAAGGCGGCCCAUCUUUUCAGGAAAAGGUCGCGGACAAGUGACAAACUUCCAAAUGAAAUGAAUGAGUGACACGUAAAAUGAGAAAAUAAAAUUUAAAAUGUGAAA